GCUAUCAUCGCAAAAAUGACGGCUGCUGAAAAUGCUGGUUUUAAACAUGAAUAUCAUGAAAUUCCUAGAGGUGAAAAGUUUCCCUGUGAAGAAGCCAAAAAGCCUGAAAAUAAACCUAAAAAUAGAUACACGACCACAUUUCCAUAUGACCACUCGAGGGUUGUUUUGAAAACCCCAUCUGCAAACGAAAAUGACUACAUCAAUGCUAAUUACAUCGAGGAUACACAGAGUAAACGAAAUUACAUUGCAACUCAAGGUCCAAAACCAAAAACAGUGGUUGACUUCUGGAGGAUGGUAUGGCAGGAAUGUGUAACUACCGUUGUUUGUCUGACAAAUCUUAAAGAAGGGACAAAGAUUAAAUGUACACAAUAUUGGCCCAAUCUUAGCGACAAAGUGCAGCAUGGUAUUUUUAUAGUAAGAAACCUAGAAGAGAAGAUAUACGCGAAUUACACGUCAAGACGCUUCAAAGUGUACAACAAUCUGGAAAGAAAAGACCGUGAGGUGAUGAUGUUUCAUUACACAAGGUGGCCUGACCAUGGAGUUCCUGAUCCACUCAGUCUGGUUGUGUUCCAUCGUCACGUGAUGAAAACGUCAUCGAAAACUGGAAAAUAUACGCUGGUUCACUGCAGUGCUGGAAUCGGGAGAACCGGAACUUACUUAGCUUUGGACGCCCUCUACCGGGAGGGGAAGAGAAAUGGUAAAGUUAAUGUACCGAUGUACGUCAGGACCAUGAGAAAAGACAGAAUGAACAUGAUACAAGGCGAUGACCAGUACAGAGUUGUUUAUCUUGCCCUUUGUGAAUCAUUCAGUGGGAGGUCUAGAUGUUUGACAGCUGAUACACUCUCACAACAAUCUCAAGAUAGAUCUUGCUACACAAAUUAUGGGGAAGUUUCAAGUACAACUUCCCUGUCUUCAGACUUCCAGACUCUACAGUCUCUUCGGAUAAAUUAUGCUGAGAAAGAUUGUGAAUCUGGACAUACAAACAAAUCAGCCAACUAUACACAGAGUGUUUUACCGGUUGAAAAAUUCCUGUGUUAUUUGUCCUAUACAAAGGGAAGAAACAACUACUACAACGCUGUUCUACUACAGUCCUUCACUGAAAAUGACUGUCUAAUCAGCGCUCAGUACCCACUUCCUGAAUACACUGAAGACCUUUUGAGACUCAUCAGAGAUUUUGAUGCUCGUGUUGUGGUUUUCCUAGGUCCUUUGAAGGAAAUAAAAUCCUCAACUCUUUGGGUUCCAUCAAAAUCCGAGAACAAAACCUGUGGCAGUUUUGUACUUAAUCUGGCAACAUCAACAAAUUCUGCAAACUUUACAACCAGGAAUAUAGUUUUGCAGCCAAAGGGAGGUAGCGACAUGAGAAUAACUGUGUUGGAAUGCAAGACCUGGAAAGAAGGGAGGUCCCUUGUAGACAAAAGAGUGCUACUUGACGUGGUCAAAGAAGCAAAAUCAGAGAAAGAUAAGGAUGAAGAAAAAAUACUUAUUUUGUCCAGUGAUGGAGCGACACGAUGUGGGGCGUUUGCUGUUGUCUAUAACGCCCUGGAACAACUCUCAAUGGAUAAAGAAGUGGACAUCUUCACCAUCACUAGGCAACUUCAGAUUCGUAGACCUGAGUUUGUUUCUACCCUGGAGGAAUACCAGCUUUGUUAUGAUGUUGUCGCUGAAUACAUGCAGAAUGACAGUGUUUACGCGAAUUGUUAGACAAAGGGAGGAAACUUGAAUAAUUAUC